AUGAGUUCGCCCACCGUGCCGCGGGGCGCGUUCCUCCUUCUCCAGGACGAGCCGCCUCUCGCGCCCAAGGGCCAUGGCGCGCUGGCGUCUUUGAUUCGGCACCGCGGGCGCGAGGAGGAGGAAGCGGCCGGCGACGGGGGCGAGGACGAGCUGUCGUUGCGCCGGGGUGAGCGCCGCAUGAGCGCCAUCCUCAACAGCUCGCACAUGCGCAGCAUGCGCCUGAUCGGGAACAGUAACCCGCGCUACCGCUGGGAGCGUUACUGGAAGACCGAGGCCGAGCUAGCUGCCAUGCCCAAGCACAUCCGCAAAUACUAUGAGCGUGUCAACUACCUGGUCCAGCAGUACUUGUACAUCGACAAGCUGCUGGACUCCUCUCUGCCCCACGACCUGCUCAACGAGUACAACAACAUGCCGGCAUCGGCCUUCCGGGGCGUCGAGAUUCCCGCCACCAUCAUGGAGACGUCGUGUGCGGCCGCCGGAGAACCCGCGCGCAAGGUCAGACGGACGCCCAAGGCCAUCUAUCGCCCGACCGAAACCACGCCUCUGAUCUCAGCCGGCGGCGGGGCGGCUAACUGUGGCGCCAUCACCGACGGCGGCGGGGACAACGACUACGACGACGCGGACGGGGACGGGGACGGGGACCUCGAGGCGGGCCCUGUUGAACCCGAGAUCCCCUGGCUUGAGGACGACGUGGUCGACAGCGACGCGCCCAUCGUCACGCUUGCCAUCUACAUCAACUUUGCUGCCAACGCGAUUCUGCUGGCCGGCAAGAUCGCCGUCAUCAUCUCGGUGCCGUCUGUCUCGGUGCUGGCCAGCUUGGUCGAUGCACUGCUCGACUUCCUGUCGACCGUCAUCGUGUGGGUCACCACGCUGCUGAUCCGCAAACAGGACCAGUACCGCUACCCCGUCGGCAGGAGGAGGUUGGAGCCGCUGGGCGUGCUCGUCUUCUCCGUCAUCAUGAUCACCUCGUUCGUCCAAGUCGCGCUCGAGGCCAUCCAGCGGCUUGCCUCGCCCGACCACGGAAUCAUCAAACUCGGAAUCCCGGCCAUAUCCAUCAUGCUUGGCACCAUCGUGGUCAAGGGCCUGUGCUGGCUGUGGUGCCGUCUCGUCAACAACUCGAGCGUCCAAGCCUUGGCUGCCGAUGCGAGCACCGAUGUCAUAUUCAACGCCGGGUCCAUAGCCUUCCCCAUAGUUGGUUUCUAUGCCGGGAUAUGGUGGCUUGAUGCGCUCGGUGGCCUGAUCCUGUCCCUGAUCGUCAUCUUCAACUGGUCGCAAACCUCGUUCGAGCACAUCCGGCACCUCUCUGGCUUCUCGGCCACCGCCGACCAAAGAAACAUCCUGCUCUACCUGACGAUGCGAUUUGCCAAGACCAUCAAGCAGAUCCAGGGGCUGCAGGCCUACCACGCCGGCGACAAGCUGAUCGUCGAGGUGGACAUAGUCCUGGACGCCAGCACCCCGCUCAAAGACAGCCACGACCUGAGUGAGAGUCUGCAAUACGUGCUCGAAUCGGUGCCCAUCGUCGACAGAGCCUUCGUGCACGUCGACUAUGCCACCUACAAUCUGCCGACUCACAUGGAUCAGCAGAACACAUAG